ACUCGCCCGCCCCGCGCUCCACCCUCCGUCCCGGGGGAAGGGCUAUGGCGGCUCGGGGAUUGUGGCAGCAUUUCCGAGGGCUGCUGGUCCAUCGCUUCUACUGCAGCCCCCGGCUCCUGCUGCAGGCGCCACAGGCGAGGCCGAAUAUGGCGAGCCAGUCCCCGAGCCGGCUGAGCAGUACAGGCCGCGGGGUCGCAAUGGGGGCUGGUUCGCUGGCGCGCUCCGGAGGUUUCGUGGGAGGCCGCUGGCUCCAGGCGGCAGUCACUUUCCCCGUGCGGGACCCGGCCAGCGGGGCGGAACUGAUCCAGGUAGCGGACUGUGGCGUAGCGGAGGCUGAGGCCGCGGUGAAGGCCGCCUACGAAGCCGGCGCUGCUUGGAGCGGAGUCUCUGCCAAGGAUAGAGCGGUUUUGCUUCGUAAAUGGUAUGAUUUGUUGAUAGAAAAUAAAGAUGAACUUGCAAGGAUCAUUACAGCAGAGAAUGGGAAACCACUGAAGGAAGCACAAGGUGAAGUCCUGUAUGCUGCUUCCUUCUUAGAAUGGUUUGCUGAAGAAGCUCGGCGCAUUUAUGGUGAUAUUAUUCCACCUUCAGCAAAAAACAGGAGAAUCCUUGUGUUGAAGCAGCCUGUGGGAGUUGCUGCCAUCAUUACUCCUUGGAAUUUUCCAAGUGCCAUGAUUACCCGGAAAGUGGGUGCUGCUUUGGCAGCUGGCUGCACCGUAGUAGUGAAGCCAGCCGAAGAUACACCUUUAUCCGCCUUAGCACUUGCCGAGCUUGCAAAUCAGGCUGGAAUUCCUGCAGGAGUAUAUAACGUUAUUCCAUGUUCCAGACAACAGGCAGCAGCAGUUGGAGAGGUGCUUUGUACUCAUCCCUUGGUAGCCAAAAUCUCAUUCACUGGCUCAACAGCUACAGGAAAGAUAUUGCUACGCCAUGCUGCUGGCACAGUGAAGCGCGUUUCCAUGGAGCUUGGAGGACAUGCUCCGUUCAUAGUGUUCGACAGUGCUGAUGUAGAUAAAGCGGUUGCUGGAGCUUUAAUUUCUAAAUACAGAAAUUCAGGGCAGACUUGUGUAUGUACAAACCGCUUCUUGGUGCAAAAAGGGAUCCAUGAUGUAUUUGUGAAGAAGUUUGCCCAAGCCAUUGAGAGAGAACUACGUAUUGGCCAUGGAUUCGAUGAAGGGACUACCCAGGGGCCAUUAAUUAAUGAAAGAGCUGUGGAAAAGGUUGAAAGACACAUUGAUGAUGCUGUGUCCCAAGGAGCAUCCAUAGUUACUGGAGGGAAAAGGCACAGUUAUGGGAAAAAUUUCUUUGAGCCAACUCUACUUAGCAAUGUGUCAACAAGUAUGUUAUGUACACAAGAGGAGACUUUUGGGCCUUUGGCUCCAGUUAUCAAAUUUGAUACAGAGGAAGAAGCACUUGCCAUUGCAAAUUCAGCCAAUGUGGGUUUAGCAGGUUAUUUCUAUUCUCAAGACCCAGCCCAGAUUUGGAGAGUUGCUGAGCAGCUGGAAGUUGGAAUGGUUGGUGUUAAUGAAGGAAUUCUGUCUUCUGUGGAGUGCCCAUUCGGUGGGGUAAAACAAUCAGGGCUAGGAAGAGAAGGUUCUAAGUAUGGUGUUGAUGAGUAUUUAGAAAUAAAGUAUGUUUGUUUUGGAGGUUUACAGUAGCCAUUUUUAGGACUCUAGCCAAAAUAGAGCUAUAGUUUUGGCCAUUCGUAGACUUUGUUUAGCAAGCUAACUUGGAUUUUUUUUUUCAUAAAAUGUGAUCAGGUUUACAGUAUAUGUAGAGAUAUCUGUACUUCCAAUUAUGUCAAUAUAUAUAAAACAGUUAUUCAUAAGUAAAUUGUGGUUGCAAAUGUUUAUAUUAUCUAUCUUGGUCAUAAUGCAGAAGCAAUCAUAUUUGCUGUUGACAUACAGAAGAAUUCAAAAAUCUUUAUUAACAUUUUUGGAGCAGGCAGAGCAGCUUCUCUACCCAUUUCUUCUCACAUGUGGAGGGUUAUAAAAGUGAUGGAAUCUUGAAUAUUUGUGCCAAAUUUUGAAUUUUACUUCUAAUAUAUUUUUUUCUAAUUAAUUGGGGAAAAAUCCAAUUUUCAUGGUGGUUCUUCAGCUGUUUUCUGAAAUAUAGGUGCCCUUGUAGAUACAUAUUGAUCCCUAAUAUCCUCCUAUUAGUCAAUAGGACUAGGCUUAUUUAAGAAGAGAUUGGCAAUUUGUAUCCUGUAGUUAAGCUUUGCAAUAGCCCAAACUGAUGGGCAGUAAUCAUUUCUGCCAAUAUGUAAUGUAUGCAGUCUUCAGAGACUCUUGAUUUGGCAGAAAAAUGGAAUCCUUACAGAUUUUAUGAGGCAGUGUAACAAAGACAAGUUAUAAUGAUAAAUACUAAUGCAUAAUAGAUUCAUUCAGACCUGCUUGCGACCAGUAGCUGCAUAAACUAGUUAGAUUUCAUUGAUCUAUGUUCAUGAGCUCAUUUUUUAAAAAAAAACCAUAUUGAUCCAUGGGACUGCUAUAAACUUGUCAGUGCUCUAUGGAUGAAUCAUUUGAUACCUGCAGAAUUAACUUAGUCUAACUGGGUGAUUCAUCAUCCUCUUUUGUAAUAAAAAAUAAACUGAUUAUUUUUUAAAUAGGAUGGAAAAAUUAGCAUGGCACUGACAUUGCUGCAUUAAAUUGAACAUGCACUUUGUUAAAACUGCAUUUGAAUUUUUGUAUUUUUAUUCCAUGCUCUUUGGGGAGGUAGUUAAAAGUGUUUGUCCUUGGACUGCAAACCCCUCUGCCAUAUAGACCGCUCCUGAGAGUCAUCAAGAGGCUUCAGAAGUGGUCUGCAUUGUUUCCUGAACAGCACAAAGUCAAAACCUUCUUUGAUUAUAGAGAGUACUUGUUUUAAAUUAACUUUCACUACCGCAUGUGUUAUUUUUUUCUUUAAAGUACUAGAAAAAUUCAGAUUGUGGCCGUUCCAAAAAGCACCACUUGUAACAUUGUUAUUCUUUUAUUAAAAAAAAAAAAGUAGAAGCCAAAUAUGCUUGACUUGUGUGUUAGCAAGAAGAGUAUUUCAUUCAUAAAUUAUUGUGCCAUUUAGGAUAUGGAAGACAUUUCAAAAUGUUUCAUACAGCACAAAUGAAUACUUUAAUGAUCUAUUACAUAUUUUAAUUUCAAAGAAAUGUCUCAAAGGUUGGAUCAGUUUGGUAAUGUAUCUAAAUUUUGUUUGUAUGUUUACUAUUUUUUUAAAAAAAAUCACAGUAUAUGUUUACAUUCAUAUAAGGGGAUACUUGAAUUAAGUGUUUUAUUACUUUACUUUUUUCCUAGAUUUUUUGUUUACCAGAUACGGAUGUUAACAAAGAAUUACUAAUGUAAUAAAAGUUGGACAUUCACAUUUACUGUCAAA